UCGCACCCACGCUCCGGCUCUCCCUCCCAACAGGAGAAAAACAGAGAAAGUGAGAGAGAGUACCUGCACACACCGCUGUACAUAUAGAGAGAGAAAGUAGAGAGAGAGAGAGACGAACAACUGCUUGAGCUCCCCCCAGACUCUCUCAUGGUGUUCUUGUUGCAGAGCAGAUCUUGAUACCCUUGCUCUUCUUCCACGAACUAUUUCGCUAGUUUCCUUCAAGAACCGACCGUCAUUCGUGUUUUUCUUUCAAGAAAACUGUUGCCGAACGAAGAAGCCGUUGGUUUGAUCCGGAUUUGACAUAUUUUCGUGCAGUUUUCGACGAAGCAUUAUAUGAGUUUUCUAUCUCUUCUGUGGUUCAAAUCAGUUCUUGCUGGUUCUAAUUGGUUUUUUGGCAUCUGGUGCUGUAGUUUGGUUGAGAUUCGUAAGAGUGGUGGAGGUGGAUAGAAUGAGAGUGUUUUCGGAAGGUUAUUAGUGUUGAUUUUUCGGAAUUUGGAUAUGGAUGAUAGAGGUGGAUCGUUUGUGGCUGUACGGAGGAUUUCGCAAGGGUUUGAGAGAGGCAACACCAGCACUACCUGCCAUUCAACUUCUGCGGAGGUUGUUGCAGGAUCAGCAGCGUGGCUUGGCAGAGGCCUUUCAUGUGUUUGUGCACAAAGAAGAGAGAGUGAUGCUCGCCUAUCAUUUGAUUUGACCCCUGCCCAGGAGGAAUGCCUACAAAGGCUACAGAACCGUAUAGAUGUUGCCUAUGAUAGUUCAAUCCUUGAACAUCAGGAAGCUUUGAGGACAUUGUGGAAUGCUGCCUUUCCUGAAGAACAACUUCGAAGUUUAAUAUCUGAGCAGUGGAAGGACAUGGGUUGGCAGGGAAAAGAUCCUUCCACAGACUUUAGGGGUGGUGGUUUUAUAUCACUGGAGAACUUGCUGUAUUUUGCUAGGAAUUUUCCGAAAUCCUUCCAAGAUCUUCUCCGAAAGCAGGAAGGUGAUCGAGCCAUGUGGGAAUACCCAUUUGCUGUUGCCGGUGUGAACAUCACAUUCAUGCUUAUUCAGAUGCUUGAUCUUGAAGCAGUGAAACCGCGAACAAUGGUUGGAGCAACCUUCUUGAAGUUUCUUGCAGAAAAUGAAUCUGCAUUUGACCUUCUAUAUUGCAUCACAUUCAAGCUGAUGGACAACCAAUGGCUGGCCAUGCACGCAUCUUACAUGGACUUCAACACGGUGAUGAAAUCUACUCGUCGUCAGCUUGAAAGGGAGCUUCUGCAAGAAGACAUAACACGGCUUGAAGACUUGCCAUCUUACAGCCUUCUUAGUCGAUAA